GCUCAACUCUUCAACUCCCAGGGGAAGCUGAAAAGGAGCGCCCUCCUCCAGGCGGCAGCCCUUCAUCCUCCUCAGCCUUCCUCUGGAUGGCAUGAACGACCUUCCCUCAAGUGGCUCCCCCGACCCACAGAUCCUGACAAGGAGCACGAUCCGGUUUUCCACUCCCCACCAAAACCAUGUUCCCCGCACGCUCCAGCGAGAUCUACCCCGAGGUCAAUACCCUACACAGCCUUCCUAUCCAGUUCAAUCUCCUGGUAACCCGUCUGUGUUCCCACAGACCAUACAACUUCCUCAGGCUCCACCUUAUUCUGAUGCCCCUCCUGCCUAUUCAGAACUGUACCGCCCAAGUUUUGUACAUCCUGGAGCUGCCACUGUACCUACCAUGUCUGCAGCUUAUCCUGGUGCUUCACUGUACCUUCCUAUGGCUCAAUCUGUAGCUAUGGGGCCAAUGGGCUCUUCAGUUCCAGUGGCUUUUUAUCCUGUUGGCCCUGUCUAUCCUCCUGGAUCUGCUGUACUUGUGGAAGGUGGCUUUGAUGCUGGAGCAAGGUUUGCAACUAAUGCUCCUGGCAAUAUCCCUCCUCCUCCUCCUGGCUGUCCUCCCAAUGCAGCCCAGCUGGCUGUCAUGCAGGGUGCCAAUGUGCUAGUGACGCAACGGAAGGGCAACUUCUUCAUGGGGGGCUCCGAUGGUGGCUACACCAUCUGGUGAAGGAAGGGGGGGGGCUACAUUGGUGUAAAGGAACGACAUCACAUACUGUCAGCACUUCUCACAAUGUAACCGCUUUAGUCGUAUUAACCUGGAGUUGCAAUUUAGACACAUGAUGAUGCGGGGUGU